AUGUUGUUGACGCCGCAAGCCCAUAGCCAGCGCAAUAAGGACGACCGAGCCUACUUUACGUACCUGGCGAAGAAUCCGGAGGUGUAUGCGGAGCAGCUUCAGCAGCGAAAUCGGUGGCGAGAAGGGCUCCCACAGGUUCUCAUGGUUGCGGAAAAGCCAUCAGUGGCGCGAUUGGUCGCUGAAUUCCUGUGCCCUCAUACUGAACGAUUGCGGGAGAGAAGGGGCUUAUCUCCGGCGUGCCCGGUGCUGGAGUUUGCUGCUGUCUUUCCGCCCACUGGCCAGCGCAGUGUGAUCUGCGUGACCUCGGUGAUCGGCCACAUUUUUCAGCUUGAGUUUGAUGAUCGCCUUCCAAAGCAGUUGGCAGGAAUCUACGAGGCUCCGGUUGUGAAGACUUUUACUGACAGUGCGCGCAAAGCUCGCGUGGCAGAGCACUUGCAGGAGCUCGCCGAAGCAUCGUCGCACCUGUGCCUGUGGUUGGAUGCAGAUCGCGAAGGAGAAAACAUCGGUUUCGAGGUCAUCGCCGUCUGCAGAGACAGGUUUCCGGACAACUCGAACGUCCAUCGGGCCAUCUUCUCUGCUCUUACGCGAGAGGAGGACAAUCCAGUUGCCAGAGCGGCUGUGGCGGAAGCGCUAGUUGACCAGCGCUCACUGUUGUCAGUCUUCGUGUUCGAUCCCCGAUUCCUGGAUCGCUCGAACUACGGCCGCGUUACCGAUCCUGAUUUCAAGAAGUCCAUCAGUACUCGAAAGCCAGUUGAUUUCGGCAACCGCAAAACGAGCGCGCUCCGAGCUCGCUUUUGGCUGCAGUGUGUCCGAGCAGUCGGGCAAGACAUAGCGAAGCGUGGUGGAAAUUUUGUGGUUUGCCACGGCCGACCAGAAGACGUCUUGGGGUCGCUGCCGCAGGGAUCGUUGGUCGUUUGUCAGAGCGAACCCGUCUCUCCGGAGCAGACCGACGUGGAAGAUGCGGUGGCUUCAUCCCUCAAAAGCCGCGGCAGCGAGCUGCGGCGAGAGUGGGGCGCCAUGAGCUUGUACCACUGCCAGGACUUGCCCUUUGGCCUCAAUGCCUCGCCAGGCAACUACACUGAGCUCACACUUACACUGGGCUGGGAGGACCUUUGGCGUUCACCUGCGCGGUCCGCGACGGCCACACCCAUUCGCUUUCCCGUAGCAGCGCCUCAGACCUUCCCCAAGGCUGCAGUCCUUCCCGACGACUUGCCAGGAACAAUAGGCCCUGCGGUCUUGGAGAAUGAGCGAGAAGCGUUGAAGCUCCUGGGCUAUGACGAUCAAGAGAUCGAAGAGGCCAUGGCGCAGCAGAUGCCUCCGGGAGGCGAGGCCUCCGCCCGGGAGCUCAUGGAGCGCUGGCUCCGAGAGGACUCGGAGGUCCCCAAGGCGCAGGAGGAGCUCCCGGUCUUCUGGGAUCUGCCAACAGGCGGCCAGGACAAGGCCUCUGGAGGCAAGGACCCGCUGCAGUGGGCGAACCUCGCGCGCCCCGACGGCUGGCUGCGGGUCUCCCACUACAUGGCGGUGGGCUGCAUCUCAGCCCGAGAGAUCUUGGCACGGGCCGAAGACUCGCCGAAUUACAAUGGUGUCGCACACCGGCUCUUAUGGCGUGAGCUCCACCGUCUCAACGCGAUCAGGUGGGGUCGCCGCCUCUUCUGGCUUCAAGGCCCAGGCCGUGUGGAACGUCCCUGGUCCUGGGACACUUCCCUCGUGGACGCUUGGAAGGCUGGCCGAACCGGAGUUCCCUACAUUGAUGCUUGUAUGCGUGAGCUGAAGCAGACUGGCUGGCUCGCCUACAAAGGCCGCAAAACCGCCGGCUUCUAUUUCGUCUUUAUUCUCGGAUUGGACUGGCGGUGGGGGGCGUUUCACUUCGAGGAUGUGCUCCUCGACUAUGACGUGGCCAUGAAUUAUGGGAAUUGGGUGGUCGUUGCAGAGGUGGACAAGCAGAAUCGUGGGGCUCACGGUUUCGCUUCACUGGAAGACCUCGCUGCCUGGAAGCGCGAUGAAUUUGAGUGGAAGCUGACAGCAGAAAAGGCGAACGACGCCUCCGGAUCCUACAUUAAGCGCUGGCUGCCGGAGCUGGCUAAUGUGGAUGCUUCUUUCGUCCAUCAUCCCUGGACAAUGACGCAGGAGCAGAUGGCCAAAUGUGGCUGCGUGCUGGGCAAAGACUACCCCCAGCCCAUGGGCGGUCCCUUCCAGCACAAGGAGCAGGAGGACAUGAAUGCCACGGUCGACAUUGCUGAUGCAUUGGAGCGGCGCUCGCAUCCAAAUGAUCCUAACGGAUAUCCGUACACGUUCAAAGAGUUUAUUGACUUCGCGCUUGCCCGCGGAAGCCCUGCCAGCUUCGGCAAGCAAUGUUGGGAGGAGUCGUUGCCGGUGACCAAAGCACAGCCAGCUGCGCACAUGGAGGUCGCAGCAUCGUUCAAUCAAUUGGGCCGCCCUGAUAUGGCGGUGGCACAGGGUGUUGAUGCUCGGCAGGAAUUGGACUUGCGUGUCGGCAUCUCUUUCAGCAGGCUGCUGACUCGUCAACUCAGCAACACGCCUCUUGGCAGUGUCAAAAGGGGAGCCAGCAGAUCAAUAACUUACGGGCCUUGCCAGACACCUGCGCUAGGUUUCUGUGCCCAAAGGCAGCAGGGAAUUGACAGCUUCCAGCCGCAAAAGCGCUGGACCCCGGAGGUGGAGCUACGGCAUGCAGGAAGCUCGCUGACGUUCGUCUUGAAGGACGGUCAGCUGGAUGAUGAGAAGCAGGCCAUUGCCCUCGAACAGGCGCUUCUGUCAAAGCCAGUCGCGAAGCUGGGCUCCAGCUCCAGCGUCCCCGAGGUGCUCCACCGCCCGACAGGCUUGAACACCGUGCAACUGCUUCGAUCUGCGAGCAAUGCGCUGGGCCUUGGCCCGAAGCAGGCCAUGAAGGUCGCAGAGGACCUGUACUCUGCCGGCAUCAUCUCCUACCCUCGAACAGAGACCACGCGCUACCACGAGACGUUUGAUGCAGAGGCAUCGCUGCGCCCCUUAAGCCGCCACCCAACCUUCGGACGAGCGGCGAAACGCGCGCUGGGUGCGUGGCGGUCGCUGGCGGGCAAGGCGCAGAGCUACCGGGCGCGGGACGUCGGGGACCAUCCUCCAAUUGUGCCGCUGAGAGUGGCAGCUCCGAAGGAGCUCAGAUCCGCGGCGGUGCGGCGCCUCUACGAGUUUGUUUGUCGACAUUUCUUGGCCUCGUGGCUCGGUGACGUGAAGCUGGACAGAAGAGAGGCAUGUUUCGGCAUUGGCGACUUUGACUUCGAAGUCGUGCUACGAAGGCUGCCCAGAGAGCGUGGCUGGCUUCAAGUCAUGCCAUGGCGCAUCGACGAGCUUCGUCUGGAGGACAGCACCAAGCGACUAGACUGCCUCGACCAGCUCGUCGCCGAGGGCGCAGCAACCAUCAGCAACUGGACGUUAGGGCAGUCCUGGACAGAAGCCCCAUUGCCGUUGACGGAGGCGGAGCUGGUGGACCUGAUGGACAGGAAUGGGAUUGGCACAGAUGCGUCGAUUCCACAGCACAUCCAGACAAUCCAGGAUCGGGGUUACGUGCAACUCUGUGACGGCAGUGGCGCACCCAUUGAGACACCGAAGGCUGGAGCCUUCGGACGGAAGCGAGGCCGGCCAAGCCAAAGACCAAAAGCACCGGGGAGGUACCUUGUUCCCACGGAGCGGGGAAUGGCUCUUGUCCGUGGCCUCAGCCAGCUUGAUGCUUCGCUGUGCGAGCCCGAGGUUCGUGCACUGAUCGAGCGCGAGUGCGCCAUGGUGGCCAGCGCUGAGCUGCAGCAGGACGAGGCCCGGACGACUGCUCUCACCUUCAUGUCGCGUUUGAAUGCAGCCUUUGAAUGUUCACGUGCCACCUCCUUAGUUGCUUGGCAGGUGCUAAAGCGUAACAUCGAGCUGUUCCGGGGCAAGUUCAAGCAUGUGGAGCACCGUGUCGACGAGUCGGGGCCCAGUUAG